GGGUCUGCAGCUGCCUGUGCAUCUCCUGACCCUAAGCUUCCUGCAUCCUGACCAUCCAGCAUCGGACUCAAAUCUGGGCUGGACACAAAAGCAGAGAGGCCCAGAAAAGCAGAAGUGGGCACAGUGCAAUCGAACCUCAGCAAGGAGGCUUGACUGUGUCCGCACAUAGGGCCUGGCGCUGCUGCAGGCUCUGUCUGUGCGGAGACAUGACCCCGAGGAGCGGGGCCACGUGGCUGCCUUCAGCUCUGAUCCUUCUCCAGGUCUCAGGCUGUUUGUCUCUGAGCUGCCCCAGGCGCGUGACGGGCACCGUGGGGGGAUCGCUGAGCGUGCAGUGUCGGUACGAGAAGAAGUACACAGACCAUAACAAAUACUGGUGCAAAGGCCCAUGGUUGCCAUCGCUGACGAAGAAGACUGUGGAGAGCACAGAGUCAGAGAGAGAAGUGAGGAGCGGCCGAGUGUCCAUCAGGGACCAUCCAGCAACCCUCACCUUCACAGUGACCUUGGAGAGCCUCACAGAGAGCGAUGAAGGCACAUACAGGUGUGGGAUCCAUAGACCAUGGACAGAAGGACUGAUAGACCUCACCUUCCCGGUUGAGGUGUCUGUUCUGUCCCCAGCCCCCAACCUGAAGAUCGUCACAAGCACCCUGGGCCCUCCCUCCUCCCUGCCAGUGACCACUGGGACCUGCAUGAUCAGCCAGGAGACGUCCCUGCUCAGCAGUGUCCACUUCCUGCUCCUCAUAUUCCUGAAGGUGCCCCUGUUUCUGAGCAUGCUCAGUGCUGUCCUCUGG